AUGGCGUCUGCGACGCAUAACCCGUAUCCUCGAUCUCCCAACGCCUCAGUGCGGCCCUACAACUCAUCCCUCGCCCCCUCAGCCCCUUCACCCAAACCGGCCGAGCAGUACCUAGGCGGCCCUAUGAGGCCGAGUGUGAGCAGCGCCACCCCGAGCGCAAGAUCGAACCAGGCGCCGCUGCACACCAUAGGAAUCCCACAGCCCCUCCCUUCGGUCCACAACCAUCCCCCGAACUCUUUCCAGGCCUAUACGCCCCUCACGUCCACCUCGUCCAUGAUGGAACGGGAGUCUCUACCAUCGGGGGAGUCGGUAGCCGGCACACCUCGGGCGCUUCAUGCCAACCUACCGUCCAACAACAGCAGUUCCCAGGCACAGAAGCGAGCUUACCGGCAACGGAGGAAGGACCCCAGCUGCGACGCGUGUCGUGAGAGGAAGGUCAAGUGCGACGCAACCGAGACCACCAGCUGUUCCGAAUGUUCGAGCCGGGGCGUCAAGUGCCAGUUCACCAAGGAGACCAAUCGCCGUAUGUCGUCCAUCAAGCAGGUGCAGGAUCUCGAGAAGCAGAUGGAGCGGAUCCGGCGUGAGAACCACAGCCUCCGCCGCAUGCUACAGGAACGCGACGGCCGCCAAUUCGAGAUGGACAUAGACGGCGUCGAGCAGCUGCCGCUCCAGCUACCCGAGAUCGGCCAGCAACCCAAGCGAAAGAAGAGGCCGGCGGGCGUCCACGACCUUGCCAGGGCGAGAUCGAACCUAAGGAGCUACGCGCGGGGAAUAUGGAAGCCCCCGGCCCCGUAUCGACAAUCUGCGGCGCCCGAACUGCGAGACUUCCAGCAGCUCCUGCCGCCACGACGGACCACUGACGAGCUGAUGCGGUCCUAUUACACGUCGAUACAUUCGGUAACCCCCAUCUUGCACUGGAACACGUUGACGCAGACGGUCGACGGCCUGUACCGGCCCGGGAACCCGCUACGCGCGUCUCAGGCCUUCAUGUCCGUCUUCUUCGCUGUCUUGACGGUCGGCCGACUCUUCAUGGCAGAAAACGACCAGAACCGUGCAUACUCGGCCACCCAGCUACUCGAAACGACACGGACACUGAUCGACCCGUGGAGCGACGAAUAUGAACUGGACGACGCACGCGCGCUGGUGCUGGUCACCAUGGCCUUGAACGAGCUGAACCUGAAGUCGGCGGCGUGUAGCUGGUUGGGACGUGCGGUCAGGGUAGCCCAGGACCUGGGCCUCUACACCGAGCCGGGGACGGCAUCUUUCGUCGAGGCCGAGAUGCGCAGGCGAACGUGGUGGACGAUCUAUAUUCUCGACCGGAGCCUAGCAAUCGAACUCGGGAGACCCAUGCUCAUCGACGACUCGGACUGCGAUGUGUCCCUGCCAGCAGCCGUCGACGAUCAUCACUUGUCGGACCGCGGCCAGAGGCUCCCGGACGGCGCCGAAGGGCUCACGCAUUCCCUACUCGCCGUCGUCAACGUUGUGCGUUCGUACACGGCGUUGAGCAGGGCGCUCUCCUCACCCGUCAUCGCACCCACCCGGCUCGCGACCUUCGAUCAGCAUUUCAUCUCGUGCCGACGCGCGUUCCCGCCGGCCUGCCAGCCCACGAGCAGCGUGUCCCUCAUGCCCUCGUUCACAAACCCCUUGAUCUACCUUCUCCACGCCCGGCUUCUCCUCCAUCGGCACAAUCUCCUUCCGUCAUGUCCCCCCGACGUCCGUUUAGCAGCGACCGAGCAAUGCAUGCACACGGCGCUCGAUACUGCGGCCCUCCUCGCACGUACGCCGAUCCGUAUGAUUGCCCAAGGCGCCACCGCCCUUCUUACGACCCAUACCUUCCGUUGUACCCUCUUCCUGCUCCUCACGGGCUGCUUCGAACAAGCAUUCGAGUGCAUCCGUGUCCUGGCCGCCAUCAACGACCACCGCGAUGUGGCCGUGCCCUGCGGCCGGUACCUCGACUUCUUCGUCUCUGCCCUAGCCUCCCGACGGGCCGAGAUCGUCACGUACCUCUCGCAGGCCCCCUCGCCCACCCACCCUCCGUCGCCAUACGGCCCGCCGCCGCCCCAGCGACCUUCCCAGGCAGCGGUCAACGAGGCCCUUUUGCGCGACGAAGAGCUGCUCGCAUACGUGAGCGCUGACCUGCAGGCGGGGAUGGAAACGGCAUGGGUCUGGGCGGGCAGCAGCGAACGCGAAGUGCCAGCACCGGUAACCGUGUCUGGGAAGCCCGGCCUGUUCGGAGCCGAAGCACGGUCUAGCCUGACGAGUGAGGAGAGGUGGGAUUGGGGACAAGGGGUGGAGGGCUGGGAGAGGCUGGAGAGCUCGUUGAGGAGCAUCAGCAUCAGCACCCACACCCACACCCUCAUCCGCAGCAGCACCAAUCCCAUCAUCAACACCAACAUCAACACCACCACCAACAACACCAACAACACCAUCAACAGCACCAGGCAUGGAAUACUUCUGCCCCGGCACCGCCACCACUCCCGCCUGUCUUGGCACCGCACCACCAGCACCAGCACCAUCACCAACCGCAGCAGGAGAGGGGAAUCAAAAUGGAGAUGGGCGGGCACGAUGCGCGGGUAG